AUGGCAAUGCAUCAGCAUUCGUUUUGGGCAUCACUCUUUCUCAUUUUUUCUGUUUUUGGGUUACUUUCAUUUCCAGUUGAUGCAGCAGUAAAGAAGUAUCAGUUUGAUAUUCAAGUGAAAAAUGUGAGCAGGUUGUGCCAUGCUAAACCAAUUGUUACAGUAAAUGGAAAGUUUCCAGGACCUACUAUUUAUGCAAGAGAAGGAGAUCGAGUUCUUGUCAAUGUUACCAACUAUGCCCAAUAUAACUUGUCCAUUCAUUGGCAUGGGUUGAAGCAAUAUCGCAAUGGUUGGGCAGAUGGACCGGCAUACAUAACACAGUGUCCAAUCAAGACAGGACACAGCUACACUUAUGAUUUUAACGUCACUGGACAGAGAGGAACUCUAUGGUGGCAUGCACAUAUUUUGUGGCUAAGAGCCACAGUUUAUGGUGCUAUUGUUAUCUUACCCAAAGAAGGAACUCCAUUUCCAUUUCCUCAACCUUAUCAAGAAACUAACUUAGUUCUAGGAGAAUGGUGGAAUUCUGAUGUCGAAACCAUUGUAAACCAAGCUAAUAAAUUGGGUUUGCCACCACAAGCUUCAGACGCUCAUACUAUCAACGGGAAACCAGGGCCACUUUUCCCAUGUUCUGAGAAACAUACCUUUGCCAUGGAGGUUGAGUCGGGUAAAACAUACCUCCUGAGGAUUGUCAAUGCUGCACUUAAUGAUGAACUCUUCUUCGCCAUUGCUGGUCAUAACAUGACUGUUGUAGAGAUCGAUGCGGUCUACACCAAGCCCUUUACAACCCAAGCCAUCCUAAUUGCACCUGGUCAAACUACAAAUGUUCUUGUUAAAGCUGACCAAUCUCCAAGCAGAUACUUCAUGGCAGCCAGGCCUUUCAUGGACGCCCCAGUUCCUGUAGACAAUAAAACUGUUACAGCCAUUCUUCAAUACAAAGGCAUCCCAAACACAGUUCUUCCUAUCUUGCCAAACCUGCCUGCUCCCAAUGACACAAACUUUGCAUUAAACUAUAACAGUAAACUUAAAAGCUUAAACACUCCACAGUAUCCUGCUCAAGUCCCUCUUAAAAUUGACCGCCAUCUUUUUUAUACAAUUGGUUUGGGACAAAACUCAUGUCCCACUUGCCAAAAUGGAACACAACUCACAGCUUCAUUGAACAACAUAACCUUUGUGAUGCCAAAGAUUGGGCUCUUGCAGGCUCAUUAUUUCAACAUCUCAGGAGUUUUCAAAAGUAACUUCCCUGACCGCCCUCCUGUUCCAUUUAACUACACCGGUGCACCACUUACGGCCAACCUCGGGACUUCACUAGGAACGAGGCUGAGUAAGGUGGCUUUCAAUUCCACCAUUGAGUUAGUUUUGCAGGAUACAAAUCUUCUCACAGUGGAGUCGCACCCAUUUCAUCUCCAUGGUUACAAUUUUUUUGUUGUUGGAAGUGGCAUUGGAAACUUUGAUCCCAAGAAAGACCCAGCUAAGUUCAAUUUGGUUGACCCUCCUGAGAGAAAUACAGUUGGAGUUCCAACUGGCGGAUGGACUGCUAUCAGAUUCAGAGCUGAUAAUCCAGGUGCUUGGUUUAUGCAUUGUCACCUUGAGCUGCACACUAUGUGGGGACUGAAGAUGGCUUUUGUUGUAGAGAAUGGAAAGUUGCCAGAAGAAUCAAUCCUACCACCACCAAAGGAUCUUCCACCCUGUUGAUUAAUUUAAAAUAUU